AUGGCAUCCAUCUGGAAGAGAAGCCCUGUGAAGGUGGGAGCGCAGCUCUUGCGUUUUCAACGCUGGUGCCCGGAUUUCAGUAUACAUGAAAAACCAGUUAAAAAAAAUCUUGUUUGGGUAAGGUUUCCAGACCUGCCUCUAGAAUACUGGCAUGAGAAGGUGUUACUAAAAAUGGCUAAGGCUGCGGGCCGCCCGGUGGCUCUUGAUCAUCAUACGAAGACUUUAAUGUACGGGAACUCUGCUCGUGUCCUAGUGGAGAUGGAUGCAGGAUCUGCAAGACCUGAGGAAAUUCAGGUAGAGCGACAACAGCCAGGAACUGCAAACUUGUUUUGGUUUGAGCAGAAAGUGCUCUACAAGGACUCAAUGGGGCAGUGUGGAUUUUGUAAAAAAGUGGGACAUGUCCUAUCUGAUUGUAAAGAGAAGAAGAUAGAAGACUCGAGAGCUCGUCGGAUGGAGCCUAAUCAAGGAGUCCCAGGAGCAAUAUAUGUCAAUGACUCUCCUAGGGGAACAGUGGUGCCUUCCACCUUUUCUUCUUCAUGUCGAUCUCAGCAGGGGGAUGCUCGUGAUGCCGGUGAAGAUGGGGCCACCUUACACGGUAGUAGGGAGGAGGCAUUGGGGGUUGCUGAACCGACCAUGGAGGAGAGAGGAAACGACAGGGAGGAUUCUCCUAUUUUGGAAAGCUCCUUAAACAUGGCAAGUGGGGGCGUUCAGACUCCUAGGGAGGAUAUGAUGCCUCCAUCAAGGAGACAUUCUCCUUUGGGCUCCAAUGUGGAUUCUCUUUCCAAAAAUAAUAGGAAUUCCAGUCAACAUGAGAUUCCAAAUUUUGAAAUUGCUAACAGGGCUGACACGCAUCCAAACCUUUGGAUCAUGUGGAAGCAAGGGCUAAGGAACCCAUUAAUAUCCUCCAUUUCAGAGCAGCAUUUGUCAGUCCAGGUGGAGUGGAAUGGUAGAAUGCUUAAUGUCUCUAUGGUGCACGCAAAAUGCCUCAGAGUAGAAAGGAGGUCUCUAUGGAUGGAUUUAGUUUCCGGUGGUUCGGGAGCACCGAGAAUGAUUAUUGGGGAUUUUAAUGCAACCCUUUAUGAUCAUGACAGAAGAGGGCCAGGAAGAUUCUUUGUUGGCGCAGCCUCUGAGUUCGCCGCCAUGGUAGAUGCUUUAGCUUUGAUCCAAAUCCCUUCCGCGGGAAGAAAAUUUACUUGGACUAAUAACCGAAGAAGGGGUAAUGUUGUUGCGGUUCUUGAUAGAACUUUUGUGAAUGAAGAGUGGAUGAAGAUCUUUGACGAUUGCAUUCAAAAGGUGCUGAUUCGUGUUGCAUCAGACCAUGCUUCUCUGAUGGCCUGCUCGAAGCUGAAGGCUCUGAAGCCUAUUAUUAGAUCUUGGUCUAGGGAAGCCUUCCCUAAUCUGGAUCAGGAGGUGAUUACAUCCAAGGCUGAGCUGGAGAAUAUUCAAAGAAGCAUUGAGAAAGAGGGCCUCACUGAGCAGCUUUUUGAUCAGGAAGCCGAUGCCAAUACCAAAUACUGGAAAGCAAUGGAAAACCAGGAGAAAUUGUGGCUUCAAAAAUCCAGGGUUAGAUGGCUUAAGGAAGGGGAUAGAAUUCUUCAAGAUUUGGACCAAGAGAUGUUGGAUGCCAUUCCCUUUGAAGAGGAGAUCAAGAGAGCUGUGUGGGACCUCAAUCCUUAUAGCUCUCCAGGCCCUGAUGGCUUCACGGGAGCGUUCUUCAGAAAAUGCUGGGAUAUAAUCCAUGACGAUGUUUACAGAGCAGUCAAGGGAUUUUUUUCAUCAGGGAGCCUUUCAGAAGGGAAGCUUAGUCAGACAAAUAUAAGUCUAGCUUCAGAAUUGGAAAACUUAAUGGGGCAGACCUCUAGAGGAGGCGGUCUUGGACUCAAGGUAGACAUCAAAAAGGCGUUUGACACUAUCUCCAAGGAUUUUCUAUUCCAAGUGCUCAGACAGUUUGGUUUCUCUGAAAAAAUGAUUGGUUGGAUUCAUACCUUGCUUCAGUCGGCCAAGAUUUCAGUGCUCCUGAAUGGCGGUCCUGUGGUUUUUUUCGAAGUCAGCAGAGGGGUUCGUCAAGGAGAUCCCAUCUCCCCCAUCCUAUUCAUUAUUGCCAAAGAGGUUCUCUGCCGUGGCGUGAGUGACUUAGCUGCUAAAUCUCAGAUAAAGCCACUAUCGAGUCCUCAUGGUGCUGAUGUCCCUACGCAUCUCUUAUUUGCCGAUGACGUCUUCAUUUUCAUGAACGCUUCUAAGAGGUACGUUAGAAAUUUGAAGUCUUUCCUUACUAUCUAUCAAAAAUGCUCUGGGCAGUUUUUUAAUUUAGAGAAAAGCAAGUUGUUCUUGGGGAAAAUUCCUUCAGUAAGGAAGCAGUGGAUUGCAGAAGAGUUGGACAUUCCUUGCUACAACUUCCCAACAAAAUACCUGGGCGUUGAGAUCUUCCAAGGCCGAGUGAAAAGAGAUCCCCUUCUCCCUGUUAUGGACAAAAUUAAAGCCAAGCUGGCUGGCUAG